AAAGAACGAACUGAAGAUAUUGAUUCUUGUUGCUUCUAUUGAUGUCCUAGAAGCAAUAGCAGUACUCACUCUCACACUUGAAUUCCAUUGCUUCUGUUGCAUACAAACGAUCAUGUACCACGAUGCCACCAGCGACACAACUCUCCUACGUUUUUAUGUCAAUGUAAGCUGUAAUUUAUUUUUCCGCGACACAAAAAGAAAACAAAAACUUCAUGGCUCUGUAGUUUCUUCAGUGCGGCGAAGCGGGAGAUAGUUUCCCAAAUUUCAAAGUACUAGAAGUGUACAACAUUUACUCUUUCUCAUAGAAGAAUACUAGCAGUCGUAGUAGAAACAAUUCCACUGAAAAUGGCGCAACCCAUCGAGCACCGGUUUUCGCCAUACACUGACAAUGGUGGGACGGCAGUUGGCAUUGCGUGCGAAGACGGUGUAUCAACUGCAAAAAUGUCUGGGUCUGGAAACUUGUGAUGCAGAACUCUGGAUGACUCAAAUAUUUGCCAAUGCAACCAAGCAUGACAAGUUUUCAGAACGCUCUCUCUUGCUCAGUCCGCAUGAGAAACUGCGCUUUUGCUUGACCAAAGAGGGCGUCUUUUUUUUCUUAGUCAUGCAGUACAGAUUUCACAGGAGUGGAGGACUAGCAUUACAAGUUACAUGCUUCCAGACCCAGACGCUUUUGCAUUUGAUACGGUGCCGUCAUCAUUUCCGAUAAGCGACUUUCCAAGGGAUACUCGAUACACACGAGAAAUAAUACCAAGGUUUCUUCAACAAAAUUUUCUCAUGUUGUCGUUGCAUGUUGCGAGGAGGAGGAGACCACGAUGUACUCAAAAAAUGGUGGAACAACUUCGUGUAGUUUCAGUUUCGAAUGCAAUUAUCACCUCAACAAUGACCCACCUCUCAACAUAACUUUCUUUCAUCGAAAACAAAAAAAAAUACAGACGACCCAACUGACAUCGAAGUGCGUGAUUACGAGCUGUGGAAUGAAAGCAGAUGCGAUCACGUUGCACCGAAUGCUGAAAAUCAGAAUUACAAUGUAAGUCCAAGUCGGGCGAUGAUUUGAUGUUUAUUUCGGUGUCUCUAUUGCUAUUCGGCAGAAUUGCAUGAAUUUUGCUCUGCAUGAUUUCAUCUACAUAUUGGAGGCGUGGUCCUCUGUUCAGAAAAACCACCCGUCCGAAUCCAUCGAAGAGAAAAUAAUGCGAAAGGAAAACCAAAAUUUGCGCGUCUUUUUCCUAUUAGGUACCAGCACGAGCAUCGGAAGGAGCCAUCCACCACAGCAAUCGCCCAGAUGCUUUCCACGGUGCUUUACGGAAAGCGGUUUUUUCCCUACUACACCUUCAAUAUUCUCGCCGGAACCGACGGCGAGGGAAAGGGAGCGUGCUACCACUACGAUGCCAUUGGGAGCUUCGAGCGCGUCGAGUAUAACUACUUGCUUGAAUAAUUUGUCAUGCAUUUUGUACAGUACGUGUUGUACAACUACGGAAAAUUUGUAUUGCGUAUUUCGCUUUAACCGCUUCAAUCAUUUCUUCACGCCAGCUACACGACGUCGGGUAGUGGAAGCUCACUCGCCCACCCAGUAAUCGACGCCGUCAUACAGCAGGGAAAUUACACCGAGGACAAGAAGAGGAAAGCGCCACUCAAGCUCGCAGAAGUGCUGGACCUCUGUACUACGACUUCUACGCCGCUUUGCGAUUUACAACUACGCUUUUCUGAUUCUGCAUCAAUGCAACAUUGUUCGUCCGUGCUGGAUUUUGAUGAAAUCAAUAUCCACCUAGCCAUGCUUAUAGAUACACCUGAAAGUCCAGUAGGUCUGGAUUAUCCCGUACACACAACUACGCUGUAGUUUCACUUGCACCUGAAACAAGACCUCUCGUCCCCAAGUACCACGUAAGUGAAAAAUAUAAAUUUUAAUUUUUUCCAAAAUUUUCUCUCGUUCAGGCCGCGACGUGAUGACUUCGACUGGCGAACGCGACAUUUACACGGGCGAUGCUUGCGACAUUUUCACGAUUGACAAAAGCGGGGUCGUACAGCAACCAAAAUUCGAACUGAAGAAGGACUAGUAGGGGUGGAACAAUGCGACCUACUACUGCUUCGCGAUUCCUGUCGCAGACCCGGACCGGGACCCCGAGUCGUGAUGUUGACAAUCAGACGAGUUUUUGAAAAUUUUAAUUUUUCGAUUUCGAGGCGAACAAGAGCCCAGCCCUGUGUGGGACGAAAGAAAAGAUGAUUAGGCUGGAUUUUAUUCGCCGGAAAUAGGUGAUCGCUCUGAUCGUCAUCUUUCGAAAGUAAAAGCCUGUUACCGGUGUGGCGAAGGACAUCGCUCUAGUCUGGGCACCAAAAGGUACUAACAGGACGAGACUGCUUGGUGUUCACAAUGACUUUCGAUUUCCGCUAGGUGCUUGUUAUUCGUCGCUUCGCCAGACAAUUUGCUCUAGCUUCGCGUUUGUUCCGUCUUUCUGCUGCAAUUUUUCAGAAGAAAGAAACAUGGAAAGGUACGAAUAUGAAAAAAAAAAACUACACACCUCGUUAGUUCGUGGACGUGAUUUUAGUACACGCAUGUGAGCAAG